GCGAGCCCGAGGCGCGGGCAGCGACACCGAACCGCCCCGCUCUGCGGCGGUGCCGCUGCGGCUCGCCAGCCGCGGUCCCAAGGGGGCGGGGCCGGGGGCGGGGCCGGGGGCUGUUCCCGCCCAGCAGGGGGCGGGGCCUUUUCCCGGGCUCGCGACAAGCGUCCAAUGGCAGCCGGCCCGUGUGGCGCGGGCGCGGCGGCCGGGCUAUAAAUAGCGGAGCUUCGGAGGCGGCGGCGCAGUGUUGGCUGUGCUGAGCGCGAGCGGCGGUGCGCGGGUGCCCUGAGCCAUGGCGCGCACGAAGCAGACGGCGCGGAAGUCGACGGGCGGCAAGGCGCCCCGCAAGCAGCUGGCCACCAAGGCUGCCCGCAAGAGCGCGCCGGCCACGGGCGGCGUCAAGAAGCCGCACCGCUACCGGCCCGGCACGGUGGCGCUGCGCGAGAUCCGGCGCUACCAGAAGUCCACGGAGCUGCUGAUCCGCAAGCUGCCCUUCCAGCGCCUGGUGCGCGAGAUCGCGCAGGACUUCAAGACCGACCUGCGCUUCCAGAGCUCGGCCGUCAUGGCGCUGCAGGAGGCCAGCGAGGCCUACCUGGUGGGGCUCUUCGAGGACACCAACCUGUGCGCCAUCCACGCCAAGCGCGUCACCAUCAUGCCCAAGGACAUCCAGCUGGCCCGCCGCAUCCGCGGAGAGCGCGCCUGAGCCCCUGCUGCAGCCCCACACAGACCCAAAGGCUCUUUUAAGAGCCACUACAUGCACAUCAAAAAGAGCUGCAGCACUGCUUGAAAUUUUCUUUUAAAUUUACCCCUGAUGCUUCGCAAAACCGCGAAGUGAAUAGUGCUUUUAAAGCACUCAGUAGGAGUAGGGUGUGAAGUAGAAGUUGG